CUAGCUCACAAGAAGAAGAAGAAGAAGAAGAAGAAGAAGAAGAAGUAGAGCUUUGGAAUUCAGUCAUGGUGGUUUUUGGAGGAGUUCUUCUUCUUAUUCUUGGCCUUGUUUUUAGUUUCCUAGUGAUUUCCAGUGCUGUGUUGAGAUGGAAUGAGUUAAGGUACAGGAAGAAAGGUCUACCUCCUGGAACUAUGGGUUGGCCACUCUUUGGAGAAACCACUGAGUUUCUUAAACAAGGUCCUAACUUUUUAAAGAAUCAGAGAGCCAGGUAUGGAAGUUUGUUCAAGUCUCAUAUAUUGGGGUGUCCUACAGUGGUGUCUAUGGAUCCAGAGUUGAAUAGAUUUAUACUUAUGAAUGAAGGGAAAGGACUUGUUCCUGGGUACCCACAAUCUAUGCUUGAUAUUCUUGGUAAAUGUAACAUUGCUGCUGUUGAUGGCCCUCUUCACAAAACCAUGAGAGGUGCCAUGCUUGGCCUUAUCAAUCCUCCCAUGAUUAGAGACCAUUUGCUUCACAAGAUUGAUCAGUUCAUGAGAUCUCAUCUCACUGACUGGUCUAACAAAAUCAUUGACAUUCAACAGAAAACAAAAGAGAUGGCAUUGUUGUCAGCUCUGAAACAAAUUGCAAGCAUUGAAACUGGUUCAUUUGCUGAAUCUUUGAAGAUAGAGAUAUUCAAGCUUGUUGUUGGGACACUGUCUUUGCCUAUAAAUCUCCCCGGAACUAAUUAUCGACGAGGUCUUCAGGCAAGAAAAAAAGCUGUGGGAAUGUUGAGAGAUCUUAUUCAGCAGAGAAGGGAAUCAAAUUGUUCACAGAAUGAUAUGCUUGAUUGCUUGCUGAAAAAUGAUGGUAGCACAAGAUCAAUGCUUAGUGAUGAUCAGAUUAUUGAUUUGAUUAUUGCUCUUGUUUAUUCGGGCUAUGAGACGGUCUCUACGACGUCGAUGAUGGCUGUUAAGUAUCUCCUUGAUCAUCCUAAAGCUCUUGAAGAGCUCAGGAAAGAACAUUUUGGUAUCAGAAAUGGGAAGGCAUCUGAAGAAGGGAUUGGUUGGAAUGACUACAAGUCUAUGAGAUUCACUAGAGCUGUUAUUCUUGAAACUCUGAGAGUUGCUGCAGUUGUCAAUGGAGUUUUAAGAAAGACAACUCAUGACAUGGAAAUGAAAGGAUUUCUGAUUCCAAAGGGUUGGAGAAUUUAUGUGUACACAAGAGAGAUAAACUAUGAUCAAUAUUUGUAUCCUGAACCAGCAACAUUCAAUCCAUGGCGAUGGCUGGAUAAGAACCUGGAUUCUCAUCCAUAUUUUCUUCUGUUUGGGGGAGGCAGCAGACUUUGCCCAGGAAAAGAGUUGGGAAUUGCAGAAAUUGCAACAUUUCUGCAUUACUUUGUUACUAGAUACAGAUGGGAAGACGUUGGAGGAAACCACAUAGUGAAAUUUCCAAGAGUGGAAGCACCCAAUGGGCUCAGAAUAAGAGUUUUUGAUUACUGACAAGUUUCCAACUCAUGUACACAGAAUGGAAUACUUCUCCUUCCUAGUUACUAACCCAUGAUUAAAAUGUAGAAAAGGCACUAUGUAUGAAUUAGUUUGUCUCACAUAUUAUUUCAUUGAUGCUGGCCAUUAAUGAACAACUCAAAAGUUCAUACAUGAAAAUCAAGGAGCUGGUAAUGCUAGUGAUAACACUGGUAAUAAUAUUAUCAGAAAUGAAGUCAACUUUGCCAGAAGAGUUGAUCCGUUCAUGAGGUAACAGCCGAUUUCAAAACGGUCAAGGAGCUGAGAGAGAUUGAAAAAGGAAACUCUUGGCUCUGCUUUUUGAUAGGAUUUUUAGAGCCAUUGCCUAUUGGUUUAUUAAUGGGAGGAGGAGAACUUGAUACAGAUGGGAAGAUGUUGGAGGAAACCACAUGGUUAAAAUGCAAGAGUCAGGCACUAAAUGGGUUGAGAAUAUGAGCUUUUCAUUACAAACUGGGCUCCCAGUUAAUGAAAUAGUUCUUGUUUUUGAUUACUGACAAGACUCCCUAGUCAUGUACAGUGAGUCGAUCUUCUUGUUAGUAACUAACACAUAAGUAAAAUGUAGAGAAAGCACUAUGUUUUGUUGAUGAAUUGGUUUCAUACCAAAUAUUAUUUCAUUGAUAUUGGUCACUUAUGAACAAA